AUGGACCACGGGCGAACCCUCCUCGUGUGUGGCUUCGGCAUCAUCGGCCUCACCACCGCCGUACGCCUCCUUGAAGCCGGGUUCGGUGUUGUUGCCGUCGCUGCGCACCUUCCUGGCGAUCCGCUCGAUCCGGCGUACGCGUCGACGGCGGCGGGCGCGCACCACCUCUCAUUCGCCGCGGACGACGAUGACCGUCAGCAGCGCCUUGAUCGGGUCACAUUCAACGUCAUGGACGACGAAGAGCGUCGUGAGGGUGACACGAGUGCGCUCCUCCGUCUCACGCAGAAAGAAUAUUAUGGCACGGAGGGCGAAAAGCACAUCGCCUUCUUCGAGUCCAUGCCCGAUUUCCGCGUAAUUCCUGUAGAUGAACUUCCCUCGUUCGCGAAACACGCCGUUACGUUUACCUCGCUCACGAUGGACACCACGGCCUACCUUCACAAGCUUGUCGCCCGCUUUUCAUCACUGGGCGGCCGCGUCCACCGGGCGCGCAUCGAUUCGCUUACCGAGGCCCUGUCCUAUGUUACAGAACCAGCAACAAAUUCGCGCCUGCAACCCCUUGCGAUCGUAAACUGCACCGGCCUGGGCUCACUCCACCUCGGAGAUGUCAACGACAUCAAUGUAUAUCCCGUCCGGGGCCAAGUCCUCGUUCUUGAAGCGCCGUGGAUCAAGGAAGGCAGAACGCUGCAGCAAGGCAAGCUCGACGGCGGCGAGGGCGGCGCACGGACAUAUAUCAUCCCGCGGCGAAGCGGCCAAGUCGUCAUCGGUGGAACGAGGGAGGCAGAUGACUGGCAUCCCGACCCGCGCCCCGAGACGGCACUUGACAUCAAGACUCGCGCGCUCGCGCUCUUCCCUGAGCUCUGCCCGCCGUCGGCGCGUGUGACUGGGCGGCACCCCGAGCCGCAGGACCUCGACGCCAUCGUCGUGCGCGAGGUCGUCGGAUUCCGACCUGCACGGCGGGGCGGGCUGCGGCUUGAACGUGGGAGCGAUCUCGUCAUCAAAGGGGCGCGCAUUCCGGUGCUGCACAACGUAGGCCAUGCCGGUGCGGGUUGGCAGUCUUCGUGGGGCUGCGCUGAGGAGAUCGUGAGGCUCGUGCGAGAACUGGUUUGA